AUGACAGAGUUCAUCAAUUUAAGAAACCCAAAUCAUUGUCCACUCGGUGUAUAUGUUAUGCCUUCUUCUGAUGAUCUUUACGUAUGGUAUGGAGCACUAUUUGUUCAUAAAGGAUUUUACAAGUCUGGGACCUUCAAAUUUCGCUUGACAAUUCCGAAGAAUUAUCCUAAUCAACCUCCGUCAAUCACUUUCUUAACAGAUAUGUUCCAUCCAUUGGUCGAUGUGAAUGGAAACGUAUCGAUUUCACAACAAUUUCCAAUCUGGAGACCUUACCAGGAUUACAUUUUUCACAUACUUCAUUAUUUAAAAAAUAUGUUUAAGAAAGUUGUUUUAGAUGGAUUAAACGAUAAAUACUGUUUGAACAAGGAGGCCUAUAGGUUGUAUCGUAAUGAUGUUUCUGUUUUUGGUAAGCUUGCCCAGCAGUGCGCUCAAUUGUCAAUUACAGAGUCAUAUCUCUUUGACCAUUUCCCUGAUAACAACAUGAUACGAUUUUCACCUUUAAGUGAGGCUAAAUUUGACGAAUUAAAGGCGCAGAUACUCAAUAGUGCUGUUGUAAGUGGCUGCUAUGCCAUAGAGAAUUGA